AUGGCCGAUGAAGUGUUGCAUACGGAGGAUAAUCAUUGCCAGCCGAUUCUUGUAAAUGGUGAAUUGAUGCCCACAGUGCCAGAAUACAUGCCCUCGUUUCCCGCCACAUUGAAGGGUAUUAAACGACAUUUCGUUUGCAAGUUAGCUGAAUCAACUACUACACAACACGCCACAACGAAGUACACAACGGAAUCCACCACGACACAUCCUACCACAACUACUCAAUCAACUACAACACAAGACGCCACAACGAUGUCCACCACGGACUCCGCCACCACGGACUCCACCACCUCACAUCCUACCACAACUACUCAAUCAACUACAACACAAGACGCCACAACGAUGUCCACGACGGACUCCGCCACCUCACAUCCUUCCACAAGUACUCAAUCAACUACAACACAAGACGCCACAACGAUGUCCACCACGGAAUCCACCACCUCACAUCCUACCACAGCUACUCAAUCGACUACAACACAAGACACCACAACGAUGACCACCACAGAAUCCACCACCUCACAUCCUACCACAACUACUCAAUCACCUACAACACAAGACGCCACAACGAUAUCCACCACGGACUCCGCCACCACGGACUCCUCAACCUCACAUCCUACCACAACUACUCAAUCACCUACAACACAAGACGCCACAACGAUAUCCACCAUGGACUCCGCCACCACGGACUCCUCCACCUCACAUCCUACCACAACUACUCAAUCAAAUACAACUCAAGACGCCACAACGAUGUCCACCACGGAAUCCGCCACCUCACAUCCUACCACAACUACCCAAUCAACUACAACUCAAGACACCACAACGAUGUCCACCACGGAACCCGCCACCUCACAUCCUACCACAACUACCCAAUCAACUACAACACAAGACGCCACAACGAUGUCCACGACGGACUCCGCCACCUUACAUCCUACCACAACUACUCAAUCAACUACAACACAAGACGCCACAACGAUGUCCACGACGGACUCCGCCACCUCACAUCCUACCACAACUACGCAAUCAACUACAACUCAAGACACCACAACGAUGUCCACCACGGAAUCCGCCACCUCACAUCCUACCACAACUACCCAAUCAACUACAACACAAGACGCCACAACGAUGUCCACGACGGACUCCGCCACCUUACAUCCUACCACAACUACUCAAUCAACUACAACACAAGACGCCACAACUAUGUCCACGACGGAACCCACCACCUCACAUCCUACCACAACUACUCGAAUCCGGCUGGAUGACGGUUACAGCUCAGAUGAAGGCAGGGUUGAGAUCUUCCAUGAAGGUCAAUGGGGGACAGUCUGUGAUGACGAUUGGGAUGACUCUGAUGCGAGUGUAGUUUGUCGACAGCUUGGAUACUCAGGCGAAGUUGGUGUAGCCACGAGUGGUGCUACAUACGGACAAGGAUCUGGCCCGAUAUACCUCGAUGAUGUCGGCUGUUCGGGAAAUGAAUCCAGGUUGACUGAUUGCAGUAAUGGCGGAUGGGGCAACCACAACUGCGGACAUUAUGAAGAUGCUGGAGUUUACUGUGGAGAUGAAAUUGAGGGAAAAAUCCGGCUGGUUGACGGUUACAGUUCAGAUGAAGGCAGGGUUGAGAUCAGCUUCCAUGAAGGUCAAUGGGGGACAGUCUGUGAUUACGGUUGGGAUGACUCUGAUGCGAGGGUAGUUUGUCGACAGCUUGGAUACUCAGGCAAUGUUGGUGUAGCCAGGAGUCGUGCAACAUACGGACAGGGAUCUGGCCCGAUAUACCUCGAUGAUGUCGGCUGUUCGGGAAAUGAAUCCAGGUUGACUGAUUGCAGUAAUGGCGGAUGGGGCAACCACUACUGCAGACACGAUGAAGAUGCUGGAGUUUACUGUGGAGAUGAAAUUGAGGGAAAAAUCCGGCUGGUUGACGGUUACAGUUCAGAUGAAGGCAGGGUUGAGAUCAGCUUCCAUGAAGGUCAAUGGGGGACAGUCUGUGAUGACAGUUGGGAUGACUCUGAUGCGAGGGUAGUUUGUCGACAGCUUGGAUACUCAGGCAAUGUUGGUGUAGCCAGGAGUCGUGCAACAUACGGACAGGGAUCUGGCCCGAUAUACCUCGAUGAUGUCGGCUGUUCGGGAAAUGAAUCCAGGUUGACUGAUUGCAGUAAUGGCGGAUGGGACAACCACGACUGCGGACACGCUGAAGAUGCUGGAGUUGACUGCUCGAUCUGA